AUGCCCCCGAUGCUGCUCGACCCUUCCCAGGCUUUUCAAUUUGGCUUGGCCGGGUUGAACCCAAGCCUUGGAACACCGGUGGCUGGCAACCGCAGUGGAGGGAGCGCUCCCCAACCCACACAAUUUCCCAUCGCCGGCCCAUAUGAUUUUUCACAGCUCCAGCUACCAUUUAAUCAGAUGGGCCCUGCUGCCAGAGCUCAUGGGGCCUUGGGUCCAAAUGCAAAUACUGGAUCUUCUGACGCACACGCUCCUCACAUGCUCCGAACUGGAACACGCAAGCCUGAAGUUUUGCAAAACCAAGGUGACAGUGAUCAGACACGUGAGCAUUUACUUCUCGAGGAGGGUGAGAUUAGUGAAGGAGAAUUGGGCCUCGAGUCGCAGAGAAUGGAUGCCGUCGAACAACGGUCAGGCCCACCAGUUGCGAAGCGCCAACGCCAACAACACGCAUCCACAAUCUCUUCGCCCUCAUCAAGCUCGUCCCGAAGCAGUGCGCUUGAUUCCGCCCCUGAAUCACAGCGCAAUUCCGCCGUCACGAUAGCAGAUGGACCAGCAUCCUCACAGGCGGUCCCGCAUCUUCGUGUCCAGGCGCAGGGUGCCCUUCUCAGUCUCGCGAUCCACAAUAUUCGAUUCAACGAGUUGGUAGCAGAAGGAAUCAACCCAAGCGUUCUAAGAAAACUGUAUGAGGAAGUUGGCAUCAGGGUCGAGGCUUCUCAGCCGCCAACACCGACAGUUAAUGUGACCGCAGAGUCGGUCACCAAACUCAGAGAAGAUCACGCCGAAAGCCGAGCCGUGCCCAAAUCCAUGUCUAGCAACGCACCACAGCCCGGCACGGUUCAGUCAGAUCCAAAACAACCCAUGGAAAGGAAGGAGUUAAUUGCUAAGAUGCUGGCAGCUAAGGCUGCUUCAAAACCUUCCGAAAAUGCAGCACCUAGCCCGUCUCCCUCAUCUGCCGAAGCCAAGAUAAAGACCAAAGAGAGCAUUGUGCCAACAAAGGAGAAAAGCAAGGCUCAAACAGAGCUUGCGCGCCAGCGUAUCGAGGCGCUUAAGAAGCAGGCAUUGCUUCGAAGCAAGCUAAAGGCUCAACAAGACGCCCAGGAUAGCCAAAAUGUUCCCAACAAUCCCUCGCCGGCUGUGAAUCAUCCUUUACCAGUCCGCCCACCACCAGUGCCGCACAAUUCAUCAACCGCAACAAUCCCAGGCCUGUCUUUGACGGAGCACAUAUCCGAUGGUGGGUCAAAGGGCGUGGAUGAAGGCAUUGACGCAAAUGCUACUGAUUUGACCUCAAUCGACAGGUUGAAGCAGCGAAAGCGUCCACGAGCUUCGGAUCUUGAUGAUUCUGGCGAGGCCGAGAAUGGAAUUUCUACACAUGUCGCCGCUCCUCUCUACAAAGAGUCAGACAGGUUGAUCAUUCAUAUUAGUGAUGAUGAAUCUUUGUACGGGGACGACGAAAACGAAGAGAUGGAUGCGGAUUCAAGUUCUGAAUCGGAAACACCGAACAAGAAUUCUAGCACAGCUGGAAUGACCGCUUCUCAGCCAGUGCUACGUAGGUCUCCGUCGGGCACUGGCACUUCCUCGACCCCGCAAGUCUCGGUACAUGCCAGCAGUGAUCAAGAGCAAAUGCGACGGAAAGCUCUCGAAAUCCAAGCCUUGCAUCGGAGAAUCGCCGAACUUGAAGAGAGAAGGAAAAUGAAGCUCGCUGCAAGUCGAACUCAAUCCCCGCACCCUGCGACUACUGCAGCUGGCACACCUUCGGCGUCUGGCGCUGCAUCAAAUCUUCCCGAAGAAAGGAGCCCCGAAGAUCAAGCGACCGAGGAGGUUGUAACACAACUUGCAACGAAACAAUCUCGCUUGGCUGCCCAAGAAGGUAAACUUGGACUUUGCAAUAUGGAUAUUGAGAUCGUACUGACCAAAACACCAGAUUCGCCAAAACCCAUCGUGGCCAGAAAAUCGCCCGACACCCCGAGUCCAGAUUUGCCAGUUACCAUUGCAGCCUCAGAAGAACCUUCCCUCGCUCGAUCGCCUAUGUCGGCCGACUCCGCCCUUUUAGAGGAAGAGUCAGACGACUCUAGCUCCGAAGACUCCAGCUCCGAAGAUUCCAGCUCGGACGACUCUGGCUCAGAGGACUCUAAUUCGGAAGAGUCUGGCUCGGAAGAGUCACAGCUUGAAUCUGGAGCAGAUGUGUCGGCUUCCGAAAAACCUGUCUCCGACGAAUCCAGCACAGAAAGUCACUCGGAGCAGGAAGACGGCGAAAUGGAAGAUUCUGAGACGUAUGAACCUCCGAACACGGUCCAAUUGGUACCAGAUGACGAUUCCAUGGAAGUUGACCGUCUUCCCAAUGGGACCUCGGAGAGCGGGGCGCCCGUACAACCCGCUGUAUCGAGGCUAGUCAAAAAUCUACAUGGAGAAGAUGAUGAAGACUACGAACCGACUGAUCACAAUGGCAAUGACCUUGACAUGUCGGAUGCGGCGUCUAUCUCAGGCUCCGAAGCAUACGAGCCACCCGAGCCUGAGACGGGACCUGGGUCUCCCCAAUCCUCGUACAGCCCACCUCCCGAUUUGCCAGCCGAGCCCAUGGAUGUUGACCAUUUGUUCAACUCAUCACAAAGCCAUGACCCACAAGACGCGAUGCCCCGGAUGAGAGACCAGGAGGCACAACCGGUGUAUCGGGGUCCGGAAUCCCAAAUACUGGGUGUAUGA